CACUCUUGAACUGUAUUGUUCGUUUCUACCACAACAUAAACAAAAUUAAAAUGUUCAAACUCUUCAUCUUCGCUUGCUUCCUCGCCCUGGCGGCAGCUAAGCCCGGCGUGUUGCCUGUGGCUUAUACCGCGCCGGUAGCCGCAGCAUACACCGCACCAGUUGCUGCGGCCUACACCGCGCCCCUCGCCUACUCUGCCUACUCCGCCUACACCGCGCCUGUUGCUGCAUACUCUGCUUACACAUACGCAUCUCCCUACGCCGCGUACUACCUUCGUCGCUAGUUAAAUCGAAUAACGUGCCAUUCUUACCCGCCAAAUAUCUAAACAAUAAAACAACAAUUGCAGACAGUCAUAAAUCUGCAUCCUAGAGAUGAAUAUAUAAUGUUUAAAUAUAGCAAAAUGCCCAUCUAUUACAACAAAUUAACCUGUGCG